GUCCCACUUUUUUUUUGGGAUGACACGUGAAACUUUCCUGAGAACUUCCAUCCAAUGAGGGACAACAAAGCGGCCUGAAGAAACUCCAGUCCUCCUCUGGUGCCGGAAUGGUCUCGCACGAACCGGAAAGUUAAACAUUAAGAGAAGUGUUUUCAGCUUUGAGCUUGACUUUGGAAAGACGGCAGCGGUGAGCGGGGAUGUGCAGCACCAUGGCCGCCCAGUGCGACUCUCUGAGCGGAUACUUGCAGCAGUCCGACCCGGGAUCCAACAGCGAGCGGAGCACCGACUCUCCUCUGCCCGGGUCCGAGGAGGACCUGAGCGGACCCCACCCGCUGCCAGACCCGGAGUGGACAGAGGAAAGGUUCCGAGUGGACCGCAGGAAAUUGGAAGUCAUGCUCUUGGCUGCUUCUGAUGGGAGAGUCAACGGAGGAGAGGAUUUCUUCCAGAAGAUCAUGGAUGAGACCCAAACACAGAUCGCGUGGCCUUCUAAACUCAAGAUUGGAGCCAAGUCUAAAAAAGAUCCACAUAUCAAAGUGUGUGGGAAGCGGGAGAACGUGAGGGAAGCCAAAGAGAGAAUCAUGUCUGUGCUGGACACAAAGAGUAACAGGGUCACUCUGAAGAUGGACGUUUCCCACACAGAACACUCACAUGUCAUCGGCAAAGGUGGCAAUAACAUCAAGCGAGUGAUGGAGGAGACGGGCUGUCACAUCCACUUUCCCGACUCCAACAGAAACAACCAGGCGGAGAAAAGCAACCAGGUUUCCAUCGCGGGUCAGCCAGGGGGUGUGGAAGCAGCUCGGGUCAAAAUAAGAGAGCUUCUUCCUUUGGUCCUUUCCUUCGAGCUCCCGGCCAUCAUGCAGGCAGACCCCAGCUCCCCCAGCAUCCAGGCCAUCUCACAAACAUACAACCUCACCGUGUCCUUCAAGCCGCCGACACGCAUGUACAGAGCCACCGGCGUCGUCCGAGGAUCGCAGAAUAAUGCCAACGCUGUCAAGAGGGGCACGGCUCUGCUGCUGGAGCACUUGGUGGGCAGCCUUGCGAGCACUAUCUCCGUCACCACCCACCUGGAUAUUGCACCACAGCACCACCUUUUCAUGAAGGGGCGAAACGGCAGCAACAUCAAGCACAUCACUCAGAGGACGGGAGCCCAGAUCCACUUUCCUGACCCCAACUGUCCCCAGAAGAAGUCCACGGUAUACAUUCAGGGCACCAUCGACUCCGUCUGCCUGGCACGGCAGUACCUCAUGGGCUGCCUGCCUCUAGUUCUGAUGUUUGACAUUAAAGAAGAUGUGGAAGUGGAGGCUCAGUGCAUUACGGCGCUCAUGGAGCAGCUGGACGUCUUCAUCAGCAUCAAACCGAAACCAAAGCAGCCCAGCAAGUCUGUCAUAGUCAAGAGUGUGGAGCGGAACGCAGUGAACAUGUACGAAGCCCGGAAGUUCCUACUGGGGCUGGAGAGCAACGGAGUGUCAUCGUCCUCUUCUCCCACGCUGGUGUUAAAUCCAAGCACCAACGGUCCGUCUCCAUCCCUCAUCUGCCCCGUGGGCCUGGACAUCCUGGCCUCAGCUGGCCUGGGGCUACGCAAUCUGGGUUUCUUGGGAGCCACACCGUCCCACUCCCUCACCAACUCUCCCAUCCCAAACACCGUCCUCAACAGCUUAAACUCCUCCAUGAGCCCGCUGCAGACCCCAAGCCCCACCACCCCAACACCAUCUCCUUCCCUCUGGCCCAGUUCAGGUUACUCCUCUCAGCUUAUGCUUCACCCGGCGACUCAGGCCACACUCAGCAGCAUCCUGCUGUCCGGAGUACAGGGUUUCACACAGAGCACACCGUCGCCCCCUCCUGGACUGGCCCCGAUAGACAAGCAGCCCAACGGGGUCUCGGACCACAGCAAAGGCUCUUGCACGCUGAACGGUCACAUCAAGCAUCCUGGUUCAGUCUAUGGCAGGAUCUCCACUGCUUCGCUGGCAGAGACGGUGUUGAGUCCCACUCAGUGUGACGCCGUACAGGAGGCCAGUGGACACAACCCAUCAGAACCCUUGUCCAGCAAGUCAAACCCAGAUGAAGGGUCCGAUACUUUUGUAGAAGUGGGCAUGCCCAGAAGUCCGUCUCACUCGGCCAACGGCAGUGAGCUGAAGCAGAUGCUGGCGUCCUGUAAGACCUCAUCUGGGAAACGACAAGCUGUGGAGCUUCUGCAGGGGACCAAGAACUCGCACCUCCACUCCGACUGUCUUCUGUCAGACGCGGAGUCCAGUUCUUCCGACAGCCCAGUCGCUGAUAAGAGGGCACCAGGGAGCGAGAGAGCCGCCGAGAGAGCGGCUCAGCAAAGUGAAAGAAUCAGACUAGCACCCCAGACCUCCUUCGCCAACAUGCAGGCAUUUGACUAUGAGCAGAAGAAGCUGUUGGCAACAAAAGCAAUGCUGAAGAAGCCCGUUGUGACCGAGGUUCGGACUCCCACCAACACUUGGAGUGGUCUGGGAUUCUCCAAGUCGAUGCCAGCAGAAACCAUCAAGGAGCUGAGAAGAGCCAACCAUGUUCCCUACAAGCCCAGCAUGAGCACCACUUAUGAGGGUUCCCCGCUGUCUCUGUCUCGCUCCAGCAGCAGGGAGGGCGUCGGGAACGGGAGUGACUCUGACAACUGGAGAGAGAGAAACGGCUCCAGUAACGGCCUGUCGAGCCACGCUGAGUUCCCGUCAGCUGUCAGCAGCCCGAAGAGGAAGCAGAACAAAUCUGCGACGGAACAUUAUCUGAGCAGCAGCAACUACAUGGACUGCAUCUCCUCGGUAACCGGUAGCAACGGCUGCAGCCUCAACUCGUCUCUCAAAGGCUCCGACCUGCCGGAGCUGUUUAGCAAGCUCGGACUGGGAAAGUACACCGACGUCUUCCAGCAACAGGAGAUUGAUCUCCAGACAUUCCUGACUCUGACAGACCAGGACCUGAAGGAACUGGGCAUCACCACUUUUGGAGCUCGCAGGAAAAUGCUGCUGGCCAUCUCGGAGCUUAACAAAAACCGGAGGAAACUCUUCGAGCCUCCCAUCCGAUCAUCCUUCCUUGAAGGCGGAGCAAGCGGCCGACUCUCCCGUCAGUUCCACGCCGACAUGGCAAGCGUCAGCGGGCGCUGGUAGAGGACCCUCCGACCCAUUCCAGAACCGUCCAUCGUGGAGUCCAAGCUCCAGUCUCAAGUUGUUGUUUACCCUCUCUCAGCCUCCGCUGACCUUUGACUGUUGCCAUAUAGUAUACUUUUUCUAAAAGCCAUAGUCAGACCUGAAGUGCCAAUGAUGAAGAUGCAAGUCGAUGCAAGUGUACUAUUCAUCUAGAACCACAUGAAGACGUGGUUCUAUUUUAGGGUCCAGUCUUUCUUCGGAGCAGGCAGGAUGAUUAGCACAAUCAUUUUAACACAGUGAUGCGACGCGCUGGUGUCCUGUCGCUGACAUGCACUUUAAUAAGACUAGUUUUGCCUGUGAAGCUUCGGGGAAAACAACUAUGCAUUUGUUGAAAAGCACAGAUGCAUUCUAACCAAACAAAAGCACUAAGCCGGUGAGAUUCACACGUCGCUCAAACCAAGUGUCCUCCACUUUAUUCCAAAGGAAAGUCAUGACCUUAACAGUAUUUGAAUUUAGAGCGUGACCUCUGAGGUCAGGGAUUAUGUUAUCACCAUGUUUGGUGGUUUACAAGAAAAGUCCCCCCAAAAAAACAACUUUGUACUCGUUUAUGACAUUAGUUUUUAUCAUUUUAAGGGAAGGGUGGGAUGUUUAAUCAGUUUACAUUGUAUUUUUAUACGUUUGUAUGAUUUCUGUAAGUAGUUUCUUUUUCUGCCCCCGAAUCUGUAGAGCUGAAAUAUGGCUGAGCCAUUCGCCAGCAGAGACGAGAGGCGGUCGCCCCAACUUUCUAGCUCUGAUUGCAUCUGCUGGCUUCUCUCUGUGGUUUUCCUCUGAUGUUUGUUUGGAGUCCUUUGUUUCUUCUGGUAUUCGUCUCUGUGGCUUCGUCUCACGAUGCCAUGGAUCUACUUUUAGAGUCGGGAAUGACUCUGUCUGGAAAGUGCCAAAGCCGAGUGCCUCUUUCUUGAGAAGACUAAUAUUUAGCUCUGAAUUUCACCAAAUAUUCGCUCUGGAUCUGCGGUUUUCUCACAGAGGGCUCCGUUCAUUCACAGCCAACUAUUCUCCAAGCCAAAAGCAACUGGAGGAGCUUCAAAACAGAAGCAAAUCUGUUAUCUUUUUAAUAUCUGGAAAACCUGGUUUAAUGAAGCCACGGAUUUAUACGUGUUUAUUUUUGUCUUUUUGACAGUGAAGUCUUGUUUUGUGUGUGGGGAAGGGUGUGGCUGGCGAGAUAAUCCAUCUUUAAAGGUUUUGAGAAAUUAAGUGCAAUGGAGAGUCGCUGUUGAAUAUCUUCACUUUCAAGUUGACUUACUUGUGAGGAUCAGAUCUCAACUUUAAGUGAUAAGAACUUUUGCAUAAACUCAAUUUGAGGUCACUUUGUACAUCAUGAAGCUUUUAGCCACUUUUCAACCAGAUUUGAGCUUGCUCCCAGUGACUGUCGCCAUGGUAACACUGCUAACAUAAAUCCUGACGUGGUAUUUGUCCUAAAAGAAUAGAUAAUGAGGGAUGAUGAAGCAACCCGGGUCUGUUUGGCCCGACUAAUCGUGGUACUGCAUUGAAGCUGUUGAGCACUGACUCCCAGUGUUGUGACUCAUGUUCCUGCCUAGCAGACAUUUGUUAAUUUCAAAGUGAUGCGUUCGCAGAGAUGUUGUCUUAUCAAGUGAAUGUUCUGAACAAUUAUUGAAGCGUUUUUCUUUUUUCAUUUUAGGUUUAUUGUGGAUCAAUGAAGGGACGAAACUUGUUUACGAAACUUCAGCAAAAUAUUGUCUGGUUAUCUCACAAAUGGUACAUUUAUAAUAAAUGUAAACCACUACGCUGACCGUCCGGUACUACCGUUUUAUUGUGUUCAAUAGAUGCAUCCUGUUCCAGAGAUGGUUCCCUCUGUUCACUGUGGCAUUUAUUGUUGUUCCAAAUGUAUGUAGGUCAAAUGUAAACAUGGGUGUGGAGAAACCUGUUGACGAGGAAAGUGCAGUUGUUGAAGCAUUCAAAUAAUAAUACGAGAAUGUAAUAAAGUGU